AUGGAAAUGCCAGAAUUGUCCCAUGUCGUCCGCCCUUCCUUCAGCGCCCUGCCGCUCCGAAAAGAUGAUCCCCCAUACUCGGCCUGGGGGCUAUGGGGGAAGGAUGACCAGUUGGGAACCUUGAACCUGUUAUCGCCUAAUUCUGUUCGAGACGCAGCGUCUGAGAUCCGCGAGGGGAAACGGUUCAGCCUAAACUGGUGCUUGAGCCACCCAAAGACACCCGGUUUUCAGAGGCACAAAGACGUAUAUUCCCAUACCAUUACUGGUCCAGGGCAUGUCCUCGAUGACACAAUCACCUUCAACACACAGAAAAGCACCCAAUGGGAUGGCUUGCGUCAUUUCGCGUACCAAAAGGAGCAGCUCUUUUACAAUGGCACAACUAAAGACGAAAUCGUUAACGAGCCGGAUGGGAAGUUGGGAAUUCAUUCGUGGCAUGAAGCAGGAUGCAUCGCCGGCCGAGGAAUAUUGCUCGACUACUGGGCGUACGCAGAGGCCACGGGCAUAAAGUACGACGCUGCUCGCCCUCAUGGCAUUGAGUAUGACGACUUGAUGGCGUGUCUUCAAUGGCAGCAGAAGAUGUCGUCUGACAAGCUUGAGCCUAGGGCUGGUGACGUUCUCUUCAUCCGGUCCGGGUUUUCGGUGCGAUAUUACGAGCUUACCGAACAUGAAGAACGAGAGGUUGGAGAAGCUUGGCCGCCGGCAUCGUGUGGCGUAAACCAAGAUGUGAGGUUGCUCCAAUGGCUUUGGGACAACCGCUUUGCGGCAGUGGGAGGUGAUGCGCCGGCGUGGGAAACUUUUCCCGCUGAUGAAAGUGCUGGCUUCUGUUAUCACGAGGUGCUCAUCGCUGGUUGGGGCUGUCCUGUGGCAGAGCUGCUUUGGCUCGAAGACUUGUCCAAGUGGUGUCGAGAACAAAAGCGCUGGACGUUCUUCUUGUCGUCUUGCCCAUUGAAUGUUCAUGGAGGUGUAGCGAGUCCUGCCAACAUGAUUGCUUUAGUCUAG